AAAGUGAGCUGCUGUAAACAAAAAGAAAGGCGCUACAAAAAUACGAACCGAAGCUUAGGAAAAAAGAACCUGAAAGAAAAACCAGCUAGUGUAAAAGGGUGAUUACAUAUCUGUAAAACAAAAAGAUUGUUCUUUCAGCAUAGGUGAAUACGCGGUAUUUGGUUUGUGAGGGUGGCAACUCCAAUGCCAGCCAAUAGGUUCGAAACCCAGUCAGGAGCAGGAUUACUAAUAUCGAGCAGCACCAUGGGCAUCGAUUUCGAUGUGAAUGAUUACAUCAAAACACUCAAAAAGGACGCAGGCCCAUUCAAAUGUCCGAUGUGUGAGAAAACAUACAAGUCCGUCAUAGGCCUGCAGUAUCAUCUGAACAACUAUGACCACGACAACCCGUCUCCGGCCGUGCCAGCCUCGGUGUCGACUCCUAUCAAGCAGAAGGGCCGUAAGCUGAAGGUGGGCGUUACACCGAAAAACCAGAUCGCUUCCAGUCCACCGAAGGAAGGGAUUACGUAUCUCGAAACAGAAAACCUCGUGCGCCUAGACUGUAAUGGCAAGACAGUGAAAAUUCCUGUGCUGGACGCUCUGCCUGUAAUGUCGCUUGAGGAGUACGAGAGCAAAUGCAAAACAGUGUCUGAUUUCGAAGCGUUUGCCGUGACACCGCCGGAAGAACCCGAAGUGCAGCUGCCGGAAGGCAAAUUUAAAGAAAUCGAAGAUUACACAAUCUGUGAUGCACCGGCCCGGCCAAACGCUUACAUCCGUUUCAUUGAAAAAUCUAGCGAAGAACUGGAUGGGGAAGUUGAAUACGAUGUGGACGAGGAGGACACGACUUGGCUAAGCAUUAUCAACGAACGGCGCGCGGCGCAGAAUGUUGGGCCGGUGCCAGUGGAUUCGCUCGAACUGCUGAUGGAUCGUCUGGAAAAGGAAUCUUUCUUUCAGGCGGCUGCAAAUGGCCAAAAUGGAGCUGUCGUGGAUGACGAUGCCGUAUGUUGUAUCUGCAUGGACGGGGAAUGUCAAAACACGAACGUGAUUCUGUUCUGCGAUAUGUGCAAUCUGGCCGUACAUCAGGAUUGCUAUGGUGUGCCAUACAUUCCCGAGGGGCAGUGGCUUUGUCGACGGUGUUUACAAAGCCCAAGCCGACCGGUAGAUUGCGUCCUGUGUCCCAACACUGGUGGUGCAUUCAAGCAGACAGAUCAUGGCCAAUGGGCCCACGUUGUGUGUGCAUUGUGGAUUCCGGAAGUUCGAUUCGCCAACACCGUGUUUCUGGAACCGAUCGACUCCAUCGAAACUAUCCCCGCCGCUCGUUGGCGCCUGACGUGCUACAUUUGCAAGCAAAAAGGGAACGGGGCGUGCAUUCAGUGCAACAAGACUUAUUGUUACGCGGCAUUCCAUGUUACAUGUGCGCAGCAGGCGGGUUUGUGCAUGCGCAUGGAUACGGUGAAAGGUACGGACAGUAAUCCGGUUGUGGUGCAAAAGACGGCCUACUGUGAUGCGCAUACACCACUGAACGCGCUUCAGACGACACCGGGUAAUUCGCCUGAGGGUGGGCCACCAACGGAUGCGCGAGAGGUGACACGAGAAAAGAUGAAAAAGGCACGAAAGCUGCUUGCAUUGAAGCGGACUAGUGCUCCGGUUAUUCUCAUACCGACGAUACCACAGAACCGCAUCGAGGAAAUCUCGUCGUUGGUGAAUAUUCCGAAGAAACAGCAGUUUAUUCAGCGUCUGAUUGCCUAUUGGACGCUCAAACGUCAGUAUCGGAAUGGAGUUCCUUUGCUGCGCAGGCUACAAUCGCAAGGUCAAGCACAAGGAACUGGAAUCGCCGGUUGUCGUGACCGAACUGAUGGUUCACCGGACGCUCAGGAGCUCUACCAGCAGCUCAAGUAUUGGCAGUGUCUCCGACAGGAUCUGGAGCGGUCACGGUUACUUUGUGAGUUAGUUCGCAAACGGGAGAAGAUUAAGCUGAUUUUGAUCAAGACUACCGAACAGCUUGUGAUGGCUACACUGAACCCUAUCGAGAGUGUUUUGCAUCGAAUACUGGAUCAGUUGGAGGUGAAGGACGAUAAAGAGAUCUUCCGCGAACCGGUCGACACGGAGGAAGUGCCAGACUACACCGAUAUUGUGAAGCACCCGAUGGAUUUGGGAACUAUGAGACAGAAACUGACACGUGGGAUGUACGUUCGCAUCGAAGAUCUGGAACAGGACUUUGCGCUGAUGAUCCGAAACUGCUUGGCAUACAACAACAAGGACACCAUGUUUUACCGGGCGGGUGUACGAAUGCGAGAUGCCGGAACGAUUGUAUUCCGCACGGUGCGAAAAGAACUCGAACGAGCUGGCCAUUUCCAACAGCCACCUCCCGUAGAGUCAUUGCCUUCAAGUGCUGCAGCACCUGCUGGAAGCAGUAGAACGACUGGUUCCAGCGAGGACAAUAUUGCGAUGGACAUUGAGAAUGAACUGACAAAGAUAGCUGGACAGUCGGCAAACGCGGAGCACAUCGGAAAGCUGCAGACACUGCUGAGCAAAGCGAACGGAAUCCGACAUGCGUUGACGCGCUCGAAGCGCAUCAAACAGAUUCGCAAUGAGAUUGCGAGAGUGAAGCGUGCGAUCAGUAAAGAUCCGGAGCGUGCCUUGGUGAACGAUCGUAGUAUAGCUUCCGAUUUGAUAGUAUCAGGAGCAUGCUUAUCAUCGCUCGGUGGAGGUGUUUCAUCCUCUCUCACUGGUUCAACACAUUUACCGAAGAAGUUAAGCCAUGUCAUACACGCGGAACCCUCUACUAGCGGCCUCGGGGGUUUGGCAGGUAGCAACCUUUCUGGCCCUCAGAAACAUCACCAAAUCACACCAGACGUGAGUCCACAUAAAGUGCUUAACAACAGCCCUUCGCCCUCUGGAGUGAAUCGAAGAACGGCUGUUUUGUUCACACGCAAAGCUCAAGCGGCAUUGAAGAAACCGGAAACGCCGCUAAAACAGGAUGGACCAGGUGGCGGAGAAGUUAGCAGUAGUGGAGGAGGUGGGCCGAGCGGCCCAACCGUAACCCCAAUGACAACGACGGAACUGCUCCAGAAGACGGCAAAGAAGAUCAACCGUGGCAAGCGGAUCGGCAAAAGUGGGAAGAGCAUUGAGUCGUUCCUUGAGGCAACGUCCGCUUCGGCACUGGAAGGCAAACCGAUGGAACGAAAAUCGUUGGAAGCCAUCCCAGACAGUUUUCGUGUGUACCGUGGACAGCAGGAUCGAGAAAUUAGCGACUCGGAGAGUAAUCUCAGCCUUACUGGAAGUACCUGCAGUAGCUGCAGUGGAUUUAGUGGAAGCGGAACCGAAUCGGAGUUUGGUUCUAGCAAUGAUGAUUCAUACUGCGACUCGGAGAUGUCCACUAACAGUGAACCGGAUGUGGAAUCAUUUCCGGAGAAGCCGGCCCUGGAGCCGUUGAAGCUAGUGUGGGCCAAAUGCCGAGGCUACCCUUGGUAUCCGGCCCUGAUUAUCGAUCCAAUCAUUCCGAAAGGCUUCGUGCACAAUGGCGUUCCGCUGCCUGCACCUCCAUCCGAUGUAUUGGCCCUGCGGAGCAACUACGACGAGCCCGUCUUUUUGGUACUGUUUUUCGAUGUAAAACGUACAUGGCAGUGGUUGCCGGUUGGCAAGCUGGAACUGCUUGGUGUCGACAAAGAGCUCGAUCAGAGCAAACUGAUUGAAUCGCGAAAACCGACCGAACGGAAGGCAGUCAACAAGGCGUACCAGGAAGCGCUACACUAUCAUAGCCAGGUUUCGAACGCGGAUGGACCGGCUGGGAAGUUAUGAUGUUAUGGGAGCGGCGUGAUGGCGACAGGCUUUGUAGCGUCACAGGGCGAGGAACACUCGGAGGAACAGGAUGAGGAGGAAGAGGAGGAAGAAUCAUGUUAAAUCUGUCGUGCAUUGGUCUUUAAUACUAGCUCUACGAUAUUGUUUGAUCGUAAUGUGUAAAUGGUUGUUUCCGUUUGCGUGCAUGUUACUGCAUUAUAUGUUGGUAGGAGUGCUUUAAGAAGGACGUUGGACAACAUCUCCGAACAAAUAUUACUGAGGUACAUUUUAUUUGUCAGACACAGGUUGGGUAGGAAUAAGUGUUGGUUGCGUCUAUUUGUUUUUCUUUUCACCGUUGUGUGUGUUUUUACAUAAGGGAAGACUAAAUGAAGGAAAUUCGUUCCAUUUGUAGAACUAGCUAAAAUAGAGGCCAUUCUAUUAGAACUUCCUCUUUUUACAAAUUGCGACCGUCAUACCGUUUUUUAUGUACUAUAUAAGAUGCAGGAUACAUGGCAGGAAUGAUAAGUAUGCGUGAGUGUAUGGUCGAAUGUUUUACGCAAAUCAUAAGGCUAUAUCUAUUUAUAAAAAUAACAGAAGACGUUUAGAGCCGGAUCCUCAUGAGCAGCUAAUUGGAAAGAUACGCGAGAUUUGCUUUUACGAAAUCGCAUCAUCUGCCAUGUCACUCACUCAUACAUUGUACACCUGUAUAACGAUACAGAUAUGUAAAUCGUAUGGAAAAUAAAUCAAUUUGAAUAAAGUGUAUCCUGCUGGAUAUUGUUUCAAACAAAACUAA